AUGAGGAGUGAAGAGAAGUUUACUCUUGAGUGGCUUGGUACGCAAAACUUCUAUGAUGCUACACGAAUCAAAACCAUCAAUCGGGUUUACUCAUAUAAAAUGACGCACCGCAAUCUUGCGAAAGGGAAAGCCCCGAUCAAUUUCGAUAUCAAGAAGCCACCAUUUGAUCCGGCGUUUGAAGCCGAAAUGAAGGAACUCAGAACAACAAUGAGGUUGUCUAAAAUCAAGACUGAGCUCGAAAACAUGCAUCAAAAUGAUCCCGAAUGUAGCACGAGCAAGACGACGAAAAAUGGGCUCAGUGAUGAACCUGCUGCUGAGGAAGAAAAAGAAGAUGAUGAAGAUCACAUGAAUGAUGACAAAGAUAAUGAAAAUGAAGAAGACAAUGAUAAACAAAAGGAUGAUGAUGGAAAUGAUGAUGAUGAUGACAAAAAUGAUCCUGCUAUGACGGCACUGUUGCUGUCCACGUCACCACCAUGGAAUCUGAAGAAAACUCUGAGCCCCAUGCUGAUCAACACGAAACUUCACAUAGCGAUCAUGACAAGUCAAGAAAAUCCUGGACUAAGUCCGCAAAAACGAUUGCUGGAAAAGAUUGUCAAAGAGAGAGUUGAUCUUUCGUGCACGGAGAUUGCCACAGUUCAUGACAACAUGUUCACGAUGGCUGAUUAUCAACUCCAGAUCUUAAAUUAUGUCAAGGAGCUAACUCUUGCAGUCAACAAGCUCUCAAAGCCCUCUGACCCAGCAUCCGAUGAUACCAAAAAGGGGGAAAAGAGCAGAAAUAUUUUGAAAUACGAGGAAUAUGAAGAAGGGAGUGGAAAAAGAUUUGAAGGCCGCAACAUGCCUACCUGGUUAAAGAUGAGAGAUAAUCAAACAAGACAGGAUUAUCAAAGAAAGAGAAAUGAGGAAAUAAAGAGAGCAAAUGAGAAACUUCGUUUUGAACAAGAAGAAGCCAAGAAAGAAAGAGAACAAGAACUAAUCUACUUUCAAGAAACUCAAGAAAAGAUAAAAGAUGUUAUAUCGGUUGGAAGAGAUGCUGAUAUAGGCACCAAGCAUAAUGCCGUGUUCAAAAUUCAUGAAGAAUCUGGCAAGAGUUAUGUAGAUGGGAUGAACUCAAUUGAACUUGUGAUGUGGUGGAAUCUCAACAUCAUCCCAGGGCGAAAUGUUCUUGAGGCCUAUAACAACUACAUGUCCUAUAACUUGUCAGACAAAUAUGCAGAAUUGGCUUGA